UCUAUGGAUUAGACUUGGUCUACACCUAAGUUAGGUCAGCACGUUGCCCUGUGGUUGGCCACACUCCUGCGUGACAUUGCCAUGGCAACCUAACCCGCACGGUGGAUGCACCUGUGUUGACAGAAGAAGGCUUCCAUCGCUGAAGCGCCUGUCUGUCGGGAAAGUGGUGGCCUACACUAAAGGAAACCCCAUUUCUGUUGGUGUGGGCUGUGUCUAUACUACGGCGUCAUACUGGCCAAUACAGUGACAGAGCUCUGUUGAAUAUGGCCCCGAGAAGAACGCAGCAGGUGGGGGCGGGGCCGUCCACGGAGCAAGCCUACAUCUCCAAGGUGGUUCUGCUGGGGAGCGCGGCCGUGGGAAAGUCAAGCACAGCCUUCCGCCGUGUGAAAAACGACGUCAGGGAAUCCGUGCCCACUGUGGGAUAUAAAAUUCAUCGGAGGAGGCAGGUUGCCGGCAAACUUGGCCUGAUGAGAGAAAGGUCUCAGAUAUCCUGGAUGGAAAAAUAUUGUAAGAAGAACUUUGAGAAAAUGCAAGAGAUACUAUUACCAAAUCAAUCCCCAACACAAAAGAUGGCAUAUGAACUUGAAGAAACUAUGGAGCAGAAAAAAAUCUCAUCAAAGCUCAUUCUGUAGAAAUGAAAAAGCAACAUAUAUCGCAACAG